CCCGAACUCCAGUCGAUGGGAGGGCUUCUCCUGUGGACAGAGCUACGGGCUCUCAGGGAGGUGGAGUACCUACACAGGUUCGCCAGGAAACUCUGAGCAUGAAGCUUCUCAUUGCUGUCCUGUCCCUGGCUGUGCUAGGCUUCCAGGCCUCUCCCCUCAGCGAGAAACCCAGGCCAAAGUUGGACCAGGUCGCAGAUGCCAUCCCACACUACCUGGAGCAACUUAUCACAACGAUCGUGGAGCUGAUCCAGAAAUCUGAGCUGGGCCAGGAGAUCGAGCAGUGGAGGCUCGCCAGGAAAAUUGAGAACUUCUUUGAUGACCUAGAACGUAAGGUGCCCCCCAAGGCCCAGGAGCAGCUGAGGAACCUGAGCAGGCAUGUAGAUGCGCUGGUGGAGGUAAGCGUGGCAGAGCUGCGGGAACUGGAGAGGAAGAUGCAGCCCUACAAGAAGCAGCUGCAUGCUGUCCUGGUGUCCUACACUGAGGGGCUGCUGGAGAUGGCGGAGCAGUACAGCAAGACCCUGCUUGGUCGCCAGGCGUACAGCUUCAUCCCGUCUAGGGUGGAGCUACAGGAGAAGCUGGGCUCCUAUGUCCAGGAGCUGGGGCUGCAGGAGUUCCAGCAUGGCCUGGCAGCCUACGCCAGCGACCUGCACCAGAAGCUCAGCCCCUAUGCUGAGGACUUGCAUGGCUGGCUGAACUCCCACUGGGACGCCUUCAUGCAAUGUUUCAGUGAGGAGACCGGUGGAGGUGCAGCAUCAUAGGCCCUGUCCAUACCUGGAACCCAAGGCUGUAAGGAACCCCAGAGCAGGCUCCCUGCCCCAUACAGCUGUCCAUCACUCAAUAAACCAGCUGCUUGAUCAUGCA